AUGUCGAUAUCGCUCGCGCGCGAGACAGGAGCUCAUACGCCAACAGCGUCUGUCUUGAAGUGUGCCCAAAAGUGCUUUGAGUCUUUCCAAAAUUGCCUCAAUAGCGCUAGCAAAUCAGACAAGCCUAACGGUCCUUGGCCUAAAUUAUCGCUAGUCCGGGUCGAGGAUCAACUCGCCAGAUUUCAACUGUGGGCAGCCAACAUCCGCGUCUUCAGCACUGGCCGCGACUCUUUAGAUUACAGACUUAGAGAGGCCUCUGAUGUUAAAACACCCAUUGUUGCCCUGCUGCAGGCACUGGACUUCCGAAUCAAGACUGGGUCGCAGAUCCUCGAGUCGAUUCUUCUAGCUCCAGAUAGCAAACCAGUUGAAGAGGCUAUCGAGGGAUUCGUCCAGACUCUCGAUGCAGUCUCAAGCGAAAUCACCUUACUCCACAAAAUCACAAACACGAUACGGCGUGCUAGUAAAGAUACGCAGAAUAUUCGAGCUGCCGAAAGGUACAAAAUCAGGGAUGAAGAAGACAAUGAUGUGGGACCGUUUGUCCAAUCUGUCUUCUUGAACUAUAUAAACGACAGGUAUCAUGUUGCCAGCGCAGAGAUCCGCCAACGCCUUGCAAGCUCAAUGGUCCUUCGCCGCAAAAGAUUACUUUAUCGUCAAGAGCGCUAUGGAAAAAGUCCAAUACAUCUACCUCAGAAAACAUCUGCCCCGGGUAUCUUACACCCUGAGUCAGAAAUCAUGACAACGCUGGGCGAUGCCGAAAGACCUGCGAAGAGAAGGAUCAUCGCAGCACCAUCACAGAGUGCCAUGCAUUCCGCUGAGACUGCGACGACCUUUUCACCCGAAGGUUACAAGAAGGCUGCCGCUCCAUCAAUAGUGUCAAUAUCUAAAACAGUGCAGUUGAGCAGUGAAGACGAACUUGCGUUUCCCCCUGCCCCCAGUGGCGCUUUUACACAAAGAUUCAACAAGGCGAAGAAGGAUAUUGAAGAUAGACACCAGCAGAGACUAUCUACAAUCGACAGUUACUAUGAAGGUGUCGACAUGACUACCAUUUCCCCUGGAGAUGUCCGGGCUAUCAUUGAUGCUGGAGCUUUACGGGACAGAGCAUUGGCUAAGGCCCAUGAUGAUUGCAUCAAGGCAGUCCUUGACGAGUUAAAAUGGAAAUAUCAUGUCAAGAAUGAUCUUGAACCUUACGUCUGUUUAUUCGAGGCUUGUCACACACCUGGGCAUCUGUACACUGACAGCAACACGUGGACAAACCACAUGUCACAGCAUACUUUACGAUGGCGCUGUGCAUCGAAGAGGCAUGGCGAAUUUGUGGCUGACUCCAGAGACCAAUACCUCGACCAUAUGAAGCAUAGUCAUCCCGGCAUGUUUACUGACGAUCAACUCGGCAUCCUAGCUGAUCAAAAUGUCCGCAAGACUGGCCCGCUGUUCAAGGCUUGUCCACUUUGCGGUGAAGAAGAGGCGAGUCCAUCCCUGAUUGACCAUCUGGUCGGCCACAUGCGAUUCUUGGCCCUCAAAUCACUGCCACCUUAUCAAGAAGAUAGCGAUGAUUUGUGUGAAACUGGCGAAGAACAGGAUAAGUGGAGUUCGUCUCAGCCGUCCAGCAGAAGUACUAUCGAGAACGCUUCGGUGGACGAUUUCACCUUCUCAUUUACUGGUGUCCCAGGUAGAUUUCCUGAAGGGUUUUUCACUUUUGGUCAUUAA